AUUGUAUCAUUAUGGGAGUAUGUGGCUGGCUGGGCUUCUCACUUUUCUCCCGUCUCUUACUUUCUCUGUUCAGGGCAGCAUCUCAUCACAGCAGUUGCUGACCAUCUGUUUGGGCUAAAGACAACAUCAUGGGAGUUAGGGAGGUUCCGGAGUGUGAUUGAGCUGGACAGCCCAUCUGUGACUGCAGAGCAGGUAGCUGCCAUUGAGCAGAGUGUCAAUGAAAAAAUCAGAGAUCGACUUCCUGUGAAUGUGCAAGAACUGAGCCUGGAUGAUCCUGAGGUGGAGCAGGUCAGGGGCCGGGGUUUGCCGGGUGAUCAUGCUGGGCCCAUUCGAGUUGUUACCAUUAAGGGCAUUGAUUCCAACAUGUGCUGUGGGACCCACGUGAGCAAUCUCAGUGACCUUCAGGUCAUUAAGAUUCUGGGCACUGAGAAGGGGAAAAAGAACAAAACUAACCUGUUAUUUCUGGCUGGGAACCGGGUGCUGAAGUGGAUGGAGAGAAGUCAUGGAACUGAAAAAGCAUUGACUGCUAUGCUUAAGUGUGGAGCAGAGGAUCAUGUGGAAGCAGUGAAAAAGCUCCAGAACACCACCAAGCUCCUGCAGAAGAACAACCUGAAUCUGCUCAGAGACCUGGCUGUGCACAUUGCCCACAGCCUCAGGAACAGCCCAGACUGGGGAGGUGUGGUCGUACUACACAGGAAAGAGGGUGAUUCUGAGUUCAUGAAUAUCAUUGCCAAUGAGAUUGGGUCAGAGGAGACCCUCCUGUUCUUAACCGUGGGCGAUGAGAAAGGUGCUGGGCUCUUCUUACUGGCAGGGCCAGCUGAGGCCGUGGAGACUGUGGGGCCCAGGGUGGCUGAGAUCCUGGAAGGCAAAGGAGCGGGGAAGAACGGCCGCUUUCAGGGCAAAGCCACCAAGAUGAGCCGGCGAGCAGAGGCGCAGGUGCUUCUCCAGGACUACGUCAGCACGCAGAGUGCUGAGGAGUGAAGGCUCAGGGUGCCCACCUUCUGUAACCACAGAAAGUGUCUUGCAUGAGAAAAUAGUUUAACUCAAAAUGGUUGUGAUACCACUUAUGUUUAUGUGACUAAUUUGUACCAUAUAUGCCAGUGUGCUUGUACAAUUAGUAUCUUUGUGAAUAAACAGUUUUCUAAUUUGGCGUCUA